UUGGGCAGACGCAAACAUGGCGACGUCCUUAGAAGAUGAUGUCGAGCCGAAUAACCAGGAUUAUUAUUCUCUUUUAAACGUCAGGAAAGAGGCGACUCUGGAGGAGCUGAAGGCGUCCUACCGCAGACUGUGCAUGCUCUAUCACCCCGACAAACACAGAGACCCGGAGCUCAAGAGACAGGCCGAGCAGCUCUUCAACCAGGUGCAGACGGCCUUCACAGUGCUAAGUGAUGAUCAUGCCCGUGCAAUCUAUGACAUCUUUGGAAAGAAAGGCCUGGAAGUGGAAGGAUGGGAGGUUGUGGAAAGGAAAAGGACCCCAGCAGAGAUCAGGGAGGAGUACGAGAGACUCCAGAGAGAGAGAGAAGAGAGGAGACUGCAGCAAAGGACUAACCCCAAGGGCACCAUCAGUGUGGGAGUUGAUGCCACAGACCUGUUUGACCGAUACGAUGAAGACGACUUUGAUGAGGUUCCAAGCAGCGGCUUCCCUCAUAUCGAGAUCAACAAGAUGCACAUUUCACAAUCUAUAGAGGCUCCUCUGACAAACUCUAAUACGGCGGUGCUCUCCGGCUCUCUCUCCACUCACCACGGAAACGGAGGAGGCAACAUCGCCAUGACGAUCCGCCGUGUUACAUCAGCACGAGGAUGGGGCGAGGUGGAGUUUGGGGCUGGGGACAUUCUCGGGCCUCUCAUUGGGUUAAAGAUGUUUAGAAAUGUCACUCAAAGAUGUUGGAUGACAGCUCAGUGUGGUCUCCAAUUUUCUCCUCGUGGGCUCAGACCUUCCUGUUCUCUGAUGACGGCGCGUCACCUGGACUGUAAUACCAUGGGCUACCUGCAGUGGCGCUGGGGGCCCAACAGCGCCAUGACGACCAGCAUCGUCCGCGACACCAAGUCCACGCACCUCACACUCGCCCUGCAGUUGGGGGUUCCACACUCGUAUCUGAUGCUGAGUUGCCAGUACAAGUUCCAGGACGAAGACCAGACCAAAGUCAAAGGAUCACUUAAGACUGGUUGGUUUGGGACAGUAGUAGAGUAUGGAGCAGAGAGAAAGAUCAGUCGACACAGUGUUUUAUCGGCUACAGUGAGCGUCGGAGUCCCUCAAGGAGUCACCCUCAAAAUCAAGCUGUCCAGGGCCUCGCAGACUUAUCUGUUUCCAGUUCACUUGACGGAUCAGCUUCUGCCCUCUGCUGUGUUCUACGCCACAGUCUGCCCCCUGCUGGUGUACCUGGCUGUGCACAGACUCGUCAUCAUCCCCUGCACCCAGGCUCAGAAGGAACAAGAGCUGGAGCUGCAGAGGAUAAACUCAGCCACAGACAUCGCCAAAAAGAAACAGGAGGCGGAGUCGGCUGUUUUGCUGAUGCAGGAGUCAGUGAAAAGGAUCAUAGAUGCCGAGGAGUCCAAGAUGGGUCUGAUCAUCCUGAACGCCUGGUACGGAAAGUUUGUGUCAGAGCUGAAACAGGAGAAAAACCAAGUGAUCGACGUCACUGUUCCUCUGCAGUGUUUGGUCAAAGACUCCAAGCUCAUCCUGACAGAGGCCUCCAAGGCGGGUCUCCCUGGCUUCUAUGACCCGUGUGUGGGGGAAGAGAAGAGCCUGAAGCUUCUUUACCAGUUUAGAGGAGUCAUGCAUCAGGUGCUGUCUGGAGACACAGAAGCCCUCAGGAUCCCCAAACAAUCCCACAGGAUCGAGUCUUCUGAGUCGUCCUAGAGUCUAACCACAGAUGCUGAAACACCUGUACAGUUACAGUAGCAACAGUAUUUUUUCUGCCGCACAAAUUUUAAAAACUCAAAAGUGGAGAAAUGAACCCUACCUGUGCCAGACAAGCAGACAGGUGUGACAGACAGGUGCGACAGGUGGAUAUCUAAAACAUAUAUAUUUAUAUUUAAGUUAAAAAGAUGCAGAUGUGAGGAGUAUUGGUUUAUUGUGCUCAAAAUGUCUGGACAUUCUCAACUGGUGUUUUUGGAGAUUGCACAACUUAAAUGAUUUUGGUUAAAGCCAAAUUUGUACCUAUUUUAGUCUAAAACUAAAAUGUGAAGUUGCACUAUGUAACUUUUCUAAUGGGCGAGUCUGCCACAAAUUUGUCACAAAAUGGAGAACUUAUGUAUUUUUGGGUGUUUAAAUGCUUCAAAAAUACCUUGAAAAACAGUCAUUUUUAUUGUGAGUAGUCACCCCUCCACAGAUCUGAUAUGGCGUAGUGGUGUAGUGGCUUCACUUGCUUGUCUUUGUGGAGAUGGAAAUAUUUAAUGCCACACUGUGGAGCAUUCCAGGCAAAGCAAUAAUAGUUUCAUGCUGACAAGGCAGUGGACCUUCAAUCAUAAAUGUUGUGCAUCUUUAAGAAGUAAAUGUCGUGGAAAAAAAACACUUUAUUAAUGUAAAGCAGUGAAAAUGAACUACAGUAUUACCACUACUACUAUUAUUGCCACUACUACUACUACUACUAUUACUAUUGGUACAAAUUACAUUGGAGGCAUGGUGGGUGUUACUAGUAGUACUACCGCUGCUACAACUACUAACACUACUGAUACUGCUACUACAACUAUUACUCAACUGAAUCAGCUACCGUUACUACUACUACUACUACUACUACUACUACUACUACUUGUAGUUGUAGCUGUGUUCCUGCUAAAAAAAACACCAGUUGAGAAUCCACGUUUGACCAUUUCCCAUCAACAAAACUGUGAACUGAAGCUGACAUUCUAACACUGAUCUGAACCAUGUUACUGUUUUACAUAGGAAUUCUUUGAUUGUUACUGUGUAUUUCCUGUUUAGUCUUUGAAAUGUCUAUGAAUCAUGCCUUUUCUAUUGAUUUCAAACAUAUUCACUAUUGGCUGCACAGAAGGAGCUGCUUGAUACAAUGUGAAAUACGCACUGGUCACUUCAUUAGGUACAACUUGGUGUUUCUCUCUUUCUCUUGAGCUGUCAGAGCUGGCAAACAGCCAAAAAAUGUACUCAAAUACAAAUAACAUUACAUCAAAAUAAUAUUACUACAGCAUAAGUAACUAACCAAACCAAAAAAUGACUCAAGUAAGAGUAACUUAAAGAGUAACUGUUGGGACGUAACAUCUGAUUUAUAAUUUGAAGUGAAUGUAAUUUGAAGAACAAAAUAUGAAAUAAGUCACAAAAUCAUUUCAAAGGACAGAGUCAAAAAUGAGACAAACUAAAUCAGAAGUGAAGAAACUGCAAGAAACACAAAUGUUCAGAUCAUUUCAGAUUGUCACAUAAAACGUUUGUCACUUAAGACUUACUCACAGAGGGAAGAGGAAGCACAACUUUUACUCAAGUAAGAGUACACUUACACUGUACUAUAUAUUACUCAAGUAAGAGUACUGUUACACUGUACUAUAUAUUACUCAAGUAAGAGUAUACUGUACUAUAUAUUACUCAAGUAGCAGUAAAAGUGUGCUGCUAGAAAAGUACUUUAAAAAAAGUGACUCAAGUAACUGUAUCUGAGUACUACAUGUCUGUGUGAAUUGUAAAUAAUUAUAUUUACAAAUUAAAGAUGCACUAUGUGACUUUCUCCAUGGAGAUACUGCUUUGCCUGGAAUGUUCCACAGUGUGGCAUUAAAUCUACCGGUCUUAUUUAAUUACAGGUGUUUUAUUGUUCAGAGAUAGUUCUUACUGUGGCCAGAGACGCCUUUCCACAGAUCUAACAGUAACUUGGCCUAGUGGUCACAUACUUGUCUCCAUGGAGAUCUGGGCAAAGUAGUAGAGUCACAUGUCCUGCUUCUAACAGUGUCACUUUAACAUGUGCCGCUAGAGAAGAGAACAUUAUCAACUUGGACCUGGAGGAAAUGCUCACAUUUUUCUACUGUGCUUUUCCACCUUCAAGACACUGAGUCACUUUACCUGAACCUGGAAGUGACAUCACAGUCAACUGUCCAAUUGAUACUUCACAGGUGUCAUAACAUUCCCAAGGGGGUGAUGCUAACUGUAGGCUCUGCUCUGUCUGAAGCUCUGUUACUCAACUUCCUUUAAUCUGAGCUUAGUUUUGAACACAAUCAAACCAGAAAGAACCACCUCAUCUGAAUACAGCAGGUGAGGUAAAUCACAUGUCAAAUAAAAAAAACACCUCACCCGUUAAAUGCUGUGAAAUAAGUGUCUCUGAGCCACUCUCACCUUUUUGUUUAAAGUCAAACUCCAGGACCAUGAAUGCUCAGACUGAUCCAGGCUCCUGGAACUGUGCUCUUUAAAUCCAAGAUGUAUUUUUUCAGACCUUCUAAAAACAGUGUUUGCUAAUAUGUGCAUUGUGUAACCAUGGUAACUACUGAACAUUCCUUCAUAGAAAAUGCAGAACUCCCCCAGCAUGAUGUCACUGCAAAGUGUCAAUACAAUAGAUAAAAUGAUUACAGUAGGACAAAACAAGACUUUAGUCCAGGUUCUGUGGCUCAUAUCUGCAUUUAAAUUGAGAAGAACACUUCCCUCACAUGUACCUGUUAAAGUGACCAGUGAGAGCAGUGCAGCUGAAGCCUUUCUCAUCUAUCUCAUUCUGAAAUGUUCUAAUGUCUGCACUUUAAUUUUAUCUUAAUGACUGAGACUGAAACAUUCAUAUCUGUCCAUAACAUA